AUGAGCAAUUUAUUUAAUUUACCAUUUGCGUUUUCAAUAAAUCCUCAAACAUUAAAGAAUUUAUUACAACAUAGAAAAAAUAUUCAACCAAAUUCAGGUGAUGAUAAAUGGUCAGAAAAAGCAAUUAAAGGUUUAAUUAAACGUUUAACGAAAGCAUCAAUGAUUGAUGAUUUACAAACAGCAUUAGAUACGCAAAGUUCACAAACACGUUGUGUUACUAUACCAAGAGAUGCACAAAAAAAAUUAAUAGAACCAAAUCCAUCUCAAACAGUUCGAAAAGCAUUUCAUGAUAUUACACCUGUUGUUGCUUUUUGUCGUAUAUGGCGUUGGCCUGAUUUAAAUACUCAUUUAGAAUUACGACCAAAUGAGACAUGUGUAAAUGCAUUUCAGCAUGAAAAAGAUCAAAUAUGUGUGAACCCUUAUCAUUAUGAACGAGUUGUUGCACCAUUUAUUCCACCAGUUUAUGUUCCUGUUUCUGAUCGUGCUGUAUUUGAUUCAACAACCAGUGAACGUAUGCAAAUACAACCCGAUUCAACUGUUCCUAUGGAUUUUGCUACGUCACCAGCUGAUCAACAACGUACCGCUGUAAAUAGUCCAGCAAGUGUACAAGACAAUUAUGAAGCUAUGACACCAACACAAGCAUCAAUUAAUCAACAACAACAACAACAGCAGCAAGUGGCAGCAACAAAUUUUAAUGGUAUUCAAACAGCACCUAUUGCUUAUGCUGAAACACCAUUUUGGUGUUCAAUACUUUACUAUGAAUUAAAUCAACGUGUUGGUGAAAUAUUUCAUGCAUCACUUAAUUCACUUGUUAUUGAUGGUUUUUGUGAUCCAAAUGCAUCAGAUCGUUUCUGUCUUGGAUCAUUAACAAAUGUAAAUCGUACUACUGAAAGUGAAGCAUGUCGACGUAUGAUUGGUAGUGGUGUUCGACUCUAUUAUAUCGGUGGUGAAGUUUUUGCAGAAUGUUUAUCAGACACACCAAUAUUUGUACAAAGUCCAAGUUGUAAUCAACGUUUUCAAUGGCAUCCUGCAACUGUUUGUAAAAUUCCACCACGUUGCAAUUUAAAAAUCUUUAGUAAUACAGAAUUCGCUCAAAUGUUAAGUGAAACAAUUCAAUAUGGUUAUGAAGCUGUUUAUAAUCUUACACGAAUAUGUGCUAUUCGUAUGAGUUUUGUUAAAGGUUGGGGUGAAGAAUAUCGUCGACGUACAAUUAUGAGUACCCCAUGUUGGGUAGAAAUUCAUCUUAAUGGUCCAAUGCAGUGGCUUGACAAUGUUCUUCAACAAUUACCAGCACCUGGUACAAUGUCCAGUAAAUAA